CCCCGUCCCCACGUUUUUCUUUACACCCACGCAACCACACCACCAACCUCAAGACAGCACGUCGCAGCCAAGUUGAUACUGCCGAUCGUCUCGUCGUCGCCGGCGGGCAACAUGACGGCGACGUCCAGGGCCCCGCGGCGACCCCGCGUCCGCGCCCGCCCGCCACCGCCGCCGGCGCCGCUGCCGAACCCGAUCCGCACGGCCCGCGGGGCGCGCUCCGCGGCGGCCGACGAGCUCGUCCUCUCCGAGUUCCUCGAGGCCUCCCUCCGCGUCCCCGACCUCACCCUGCCCAAGAGCAAGCGAUCGUUCCGCUACCCCGCGCCGUCGCCGGCCCCGGACGUCCUCGCUCAGGCCCUCCUGUCGGGCGAGCCGGACGCCGCGCGGACGGCUGUCGGCGCCGCCGCGGAGUCCGGCGCGUUCCGCGUGGGCGGCGCGGUCGAGGCCGGCGAGGUGCGCGCGGCCGUGGAGGCGGCGGCGGAGGUGUUCCGGGCGCCGGAGGAGAUGAAGCGGGAGCUUGGGAGGUGGUUCCGGAGGAGCGAUCGGGUGGCCGGUGAGGAGUUCUACUGGCCCUGGCCGGCGAGCUCGGAUGCCGAUCGGGUGCUCGACGCGGCGUUGGCCGGCUCGACGUACCCGGUGUUCAGGGAGAAGAUGGAGAUCGUUGCUUCGAAAAUGGAGGGUCUCGCACAAUGCGUCAUGACAGUUCUAUCUGAUAACGCCAAGAAUCCUAAAGACUCUGCUCUGCCUACAGAGGCCGCGUCAAUACUGUGUCUGACACUAUAUAACUGUAACAAGUUGAAAACACUUUGGAACGAGUUUGGCAGCACCGAUCCUCCAAACUCGUACGCUUUGAGCAUCCACAUCUCUGGACGUGAUCAGGAAAUUUGUCUCCGGAACCAGUGCGGGUCAACUUUCUUCAGUUUGCCGGCAGGCUCUAUGCUUGUUACAAUCGGCAAGCAGAUUCAGGAAUGGUCCAAUGGGGAGUUCAAGAAUGCUGUUGGUGAGAUACUAUUUGAGCUGACUGAUGAACCGAAUCCGUUCAUUUCUCUGGAACUCUUGUACUCACCAGGCCACCUGCAUUUUCCUGACGUUGGUCGGCACGAAAGGCGCAUUGACCCUCCAAAGACUGUUUAUUUCAGGGACCAGAUUUUGGUUGCUCUGGUUCUUCUCGUUUUCUUCUACCUCUUCUGGAGAUAAUUGCACCCUGGUUGCACAUUAAUCAUACACUCCCUUAUCAAGGCGACAACGCGUGAGAUCAAGUGUCCAAGGAGCCAUUUUUUCCCCGCUUUUCUUGGACAUAGCCUCCUGCUCCUCUCCAUUGCUCAUGGGGAAACACUGCAUGGGUGGCGGUGAUUGCAGGAAGUUGAGUUUUUGCCUCUUUGGAUUUAAAUUCAGAUUUGGUUGUAUGUUAAACCAUACGUGAUAGAGUAGAUAUCCAACUUGGAAAUUAUACUGCGUGGAUUUUGAUCGAUAGAUUGGUGGAUUGAGGCUUGAUUUUGCGGUUGAGGUAUUGUUUGAAGAUGAGAUGUUCUAUAGGAGUUGUUUGUUAAUGUGUAAUGUUUUUUAUGCAUCACAGUUUUUAUGACCAGAGGUGCCUGGCCAUGCGCAAUUUUUCCAUGACAAUGUAAAACUGUUCAUUGUAUGCCUGCAGUGCAAUUUACAGGUAGUAGUAUCACAGCUUUCCUGUACUGAUUGGUUCCCGUUGUCACCGUACACUCGUAC